AUGCCGUCGGUCAUCCUGCAUCCUCCCUCCAAAUCUACCUCUCCUUCGUCGACCGAAAACCCUCUCCCUGCGCUCCUCCACACGCCCUCAGGCCUUGCCCUACUCGAACUUCAAGGCACAGUACACUUCCCGCCACCUACAGCUUCGUCCCAAGCUACAACGCAAAUUGGCAAACUCGUCUUUCCGCUCUAUCAUCCCUCUAAUGACCCGAGCGACACGAAGUGGAUGAAGCGCGUGUAUAUGUAUGUUGGAAAGGGCCAGAGGAUGACAGGGGAGUGCAAGAAGUUAGGGAAGCCUAUUGGAGUUGUUAAGAAGAGAGAAAGAGGAGGGACAACUGGUAUAGAUGAGAAUGGGAAUGGGAGAGGGUCGGAGGAUGUAGAGAUGGGUGGUGUGGAUGGGGAGGGCGAACAGACAGUCAUGGAGGAAGAGCUGGAGAUUGUGGAGGUGGUGAGAUAUAAGAUUGUGUUCUCGUCGAGGCCUGAGCCUAUUAGUGGGGUUCAAGAGGUGGGCUGA